CAUGACAGAUGGAAAUUGAAAAUAAUGGGUGGUAAAAAUUGUUGUGUAGUUAAUUGUAAAAAUACACAGAGGAACAGCAAAUGUAUAAUGUACAGUUUUCCAGUAGCCGCUUGGAAAUUAGAACAACGAAAAAAAUGGAUUCAAGCUGUUCGAAGGCAAAAUGCUGACGGAUCACCGUGGAUUCCAACUCGAAAUUCUUAUAUUUGUAGUGCCCAUUUUAUCGGUGGAAAAAAAUCAGAAGAGCAUUUAAGUCCAAAUUAUGUUCCAACAAUAUUUCCUGAAAUUUAUCAAACUAACCAGGUCUUCAAAUCUUCUGCAAUCUCCCCAACAGUUAAAAGAAACAUACCGCAAAAACAAAAAUCUGACCUCGGUAGAUGUAGCAGAGUAGCACGAAAUAAACGUGCUGAAAGAAGUAGACGCAAGAAACAACUACAACCAGAAGAAAUCGCUGAAAUAAAACAAGAAAGUAGUCAUUUUCAGGAAUCAAAUUUUCAGUUUAUUGAAAACGAAAUCAUUAAAACUGAACCGUUAGAUUUUGAACAGAUAAAUGAAAAUGUAGAUAUUUCAUUUGUUGAUGUAAAUAAUCCAGUAUUAGUUAAAGAAGAAGACAUCGAAACGGGGAACAUAAAUGAUUGUUUUCCAAAUGAAAAUAAUUUUAUGUUUAUCAGAAAUGAAAACAAUGAUAUUGAUCCAUUUCAUUCAAUUGAAGAUGUAAAUAAUUCCAAUGUAGAUGAAAAUACCAAAAAAUUACAUUCUGAAGUGAUAAUUAAAGAUGAAUUAAUAGAUGAUGCAAUCGAGCAUACCGAGAAAAACUUAGAUUUUCGAUUAAAACAAGUCCAUCAUGGAAAAAAAUCAAAAGGAAAACGAUACGCAUGUGAUAUUUGUAAAUUAUCAUUUUUACAUAAAAGUAAUUUAAUUGAACAUAAACGGAUUCACACGGGAGAAAAACCUUAUUCAUGUGAUCAAUGUAAUAAAACAUUUACUUGGGAAGUUAGUUUACUUGGACAUCAACUUACUCAUUCUAAGAAAAUUACAAAGAAUUCCCGUGUAGACGAACACGAGCCACAGAAAGACCGUACACAAAAAUGUCAUUGUAAAAACUGUUGCAUAUCAUUUACUAAAAACAACGAUUCGAUUCAAGUUAAAGAAAUUCGUGGAGAAAGAAUAUAUUUAUGUAUUUGUGAUAAAACAUUUACUUCGUUAGCAUCUUUAAAUGCACACAAAAAAAUACAUAGUACAUGGUGCUGUGGCGUUACCAAAUAAGGUUGGGUAAAGCCCUUGAGACGGACUAUCAACGUUCGUAAGCAGCUAUAAAAUUUUAUUCCU